AUGGUCGAGGUCGUCGCAGGGAUUGUUGAUGAAUGCCGACGGCAGUGGGUUCUCGCUUGUCAAUCUCUCGAAUACGUGGUGCCAAUUGUUAGAGUCAUGGUAGAUGAAGAAGCGAUGAUUUUCGCGAUCCGCCACAUUGACCUUGUUGAUCUUCAUUUUGAUCAAGUCGUAUAUAGGUCGGGCAAAGCCUUCGGGGCCACCUGCGCCCAUCACAGCGAUGCAAUUGCUAUCUCCGAGAUGGUCGGCGAUAACAUCCAGAGCUUUGAUGAUCCGCUGAGCCUGGGCAGUCUGGAUCGUUCGCAAAGCUAUAUUCCAGCAUUCAAGGUAAUUGAUGCGAUCGAAGAGUGA